UGUUAUAUCAAAACAGUAAAAUACAUUGUGUAGUAUGGGUAACGGGGUAGGAAAACUCGAUCGGUGUUUCGCCGGAGAUGUUUCGGGGAGACACCACAACAUUUCAGACCCGCUCGAUGAAGGCUUGGGCCACUCGUUCUGUUACAUUCAUCCGGAUUCAUCUAAGGCCUAUUCGGAUGAAUUUUCGGUGCCGUUUCGAAUGAUCUCGGGUGCUUCCAUCAGUGCUAAUACUUUUACACCGCUCACCACCACACUCAUUGAUCCUUUCUCGACAUGCACCAACUCUGGGAGUCUUGAUAAGGCGUCUUCUUUCGAGAGCUCUCAUUCGUUUGCUUCUGUUCCUCUCCAGCCCGUUCCUGGUAAAUCUGGACCAAUCGAUGGAGGAUUUUUAUCGGGCCCCAUUGAACGGAGUUCCAUCUUGAGCCUGGAGAGAAAUCAUGGUGAUGAUCAGUUGUCGAAGCGCGGAUGUAAAUUUCAUAAAUGUUGUUUGAUCUCCAAAAGCCUGAAGAAGGCUAUGUUAAAAUCAAAUCUAAAAUUGUCUAGGGGCAAGAAAGUCAUUUGCUGGCCUGAUGGUAACAGCAAUGAGACUGUUAUGGAUGCCAGUGUUGGUGAUCAUGAUGAAGGAGGCGAAGAAUUUUCUGAAAAUCGAAAGGUUGAAUGGGCUCAAGGAAAGGCUGGCGAAGAUCGUGUGCAUGUGGUUGUGUCUGAGGAACAUGGCUGGGUUUUUGUUGGGAUUUAUGACGGCUUCAAUGGUCCUGAUGCUACCGAUUUUCUCCUCAGUAACCUUUAUUCUAAUGUUUACAAGGAGCUCAAAGGGUUACUAUGGAAUGACAAACCUGGAUCCGCUGCUGAUGGUGCCCCGAAUGGAUCGGUGAAACACUCGGAUGUAUUGAAAGCGCUUUCUGAGGCCUUGAGGAAAGCAGAAGAGUCGUUUUUGGAGAUCACUGAUACAAUGGUCACCGACAAUCCGGAGCUAGCUCUGAUGGGUUCUUGUGUUCUGGUGAUGUUAAUGAAAGGUGACGAUGUUUACUUGAUGAAUGUGGGGGAUAGUAGGGCUGUUCUGGCUCAAAAGCAGCCUCAUUUGGAACGCAUUGUCGAGGAGGACUCGAAUGAUGGCGAGAACAACAAAAUUGGUGCAUUCAACAGAGUUUCGAGUUUGGCUGCUUCCCAGUUAACCUUUGAUCAUUGUACAUCAGUGCAAGAGGAAGUUGAGAGGAUCAAAAGUGAACAUAUGGAUGAUUCUUCAGCCAUAAUGAAGAAUCGGGUGAAAGGUUCUCUCAAGGUCACUCGUGCUUUCGGAGCUGGAUUUCUGAAACAGCCUAAAUGGAACAAUGCACUUCUGGAAAUGUUCAGGAUCGACUACGUGGGAAAUUCUCCUUACCUUAACUGUUCCCCGUGUCUUGGUCACCACAGACUCGGCCCAAAGGACAAAUUCUUAAUCUUAUCUUCGGAUGGACUAUACCAGUACUUCACAAACGAAGAAGCUGUUGCCGAAGUUGAGGUCUUCAACUUCUUAUUCCCCGAGGGAGACCCUGCGCAACAUCUGGUCGAAGAAGUACUCAUCCGCGCUGCUGAGAAAGCAGGAUUGAAGUUCCAUGAGUUGCUUAACAUCCCACAAGGCGAGAGAAGAAAGUACCAUGAUGAUGUUUCGGUGGUGAUCAUUUCAUUUGAGGGGAGGGUUUGGCGUUCAUCGCUUUAA